AUGGAGCUCGUGGACGUUUGGCGGGAGAAGUUGGAGCGGCACCUGCUUCACGAGUCCUUGCGGGCGGAGCAGGCAGAACUGCGUCUGCUGGAAGCGUCCACCCAAGGAGUCGAAGCACGUUCAGAGGGCCUCCAAGGUUCCCUCGCCGCCGCGCUCUCCAAGUUGGAGGACCUGAAGCAGCAGCUGGAAAAGGAGCGCCAGGCAAAAGUUGGGGCGCAAGCCGAGGCCCAGGAGGCAUGGGAAGAGGUGCAGCGCGGCCAGCGCGAGGAGCAGCGCCGCAUCUUGCGGAGCCACGUCCAGGUCCUGCGGUCCUGGAACGCCCGGACCCGCAGCAGGUUUCGGCUCCGACUCCGUCCGCAUCACCCGAACCCAGACCACUUACCACCGCACCCGCACCAGCACCAGCACCACCCACACCAACCGCACCAACCGCACCCGCAGCCGCAAGAUGGAAACGCAUGCGGCAAGGAUGAGCUGAAACGAGAGCUGGAGGGGCACCUUCAAUGGCUGCAUCUCCACUGGCUGUCCUGGGCCUCGGCCUCUUCCAGGCAUGUUGCGCCUUUGGAAGCUCUUUCUCUGGAAAAAGCGACCUUUGAUCUUCGCUGCUGGCAGCAGGCGUUGCACGGGCUGAAACAGGCCCUACAGCAGGCCACGCAAGCCAUCCAAGCCAGCGACUUCAACCAGGAGCCAGCAUUAGAGGCUUCCCUACUGAAAGCCAACGAAAUCUUAGAGACAGUGCUGUCUUUCUUCCGCAGCCGGGCCAACCCGGCCUCGGGGGCCUCGGGGGCCCCAGCAAACGACACGAACUCAGAGGUUGACAGCUGGCACGCGGCCAAAGAUGCUGCGGCCUGGCUUGUGCGAGGCGUUCUGGAGGUCGAGAGACGGGCGGCGGCGCACGCCGCCCAGCGGGCUUUUCAAGAGGGGCUCACGGAGAGCGCGGAGCAUCUGGAUGUUUCGGAGAAUGCAGAUGUCAGCCACAUCAGCCACAUCAGCCACCUCAGCCACAGCAGUGCGGAGCUGCUCCAGAAAGAGCUGCUCCUGGAGGAGGCUCAGGAGGAGGAAGAGGAGGAGGAACUUCGGCACGGUGAGCUGCAGUUGGCUCUGCUGGUGGCCCGACGCGAAGACGCAGAGCUGGAAGCCCAAAAAGCUUCCCAAGCUGCUGGCGCCGCCAAAGAGGAGGCCGCCAAAAGAGCGGUCGAGGCUGGAGCUGGAGAGUGCCAAUAG